CUUUUUAAAACCCAUGUAAAAUCUCCCGGAGGAUCACAGCAUGGAUACUGCCAUUGUUCCUGCCUUUCUUCUCCCUCCCACAAGAUGAACGCCAAGCUGCUUCUGGGGCUGGCUGCCGCCGCCCGCCUGGUCUCCGCGCAAACCACCGUCACCUCCAUGUUCAUCUACGAUGCCGAUCCUCAACCCUUGGUGGCAUCUGUCAUGGGCGUUGCCGCAACAGCAACCACCUACUACAUCAACUGUCCUCCGGGAACCGACAGCUCCGACUGCGGCAUGGGGCCCGGAUUGACCGUGAUCGCGGGCCCGCAAACCACCUCCUAUCUAAUGGAGGAGCCUGACGAGGACUUCUACUGGUCGGUUGGGUGUUCUCUGCAAGGAACUACGACGGGUUCCUGCGUUGAAAUGGCUUCAGGGACGGGCGCCAACUUCCCGGGAACCAGCACCAUCCCCCUGGACACCGACGACAUUGCCAGUGGCUUCAUGCCGGUGACUAUCACCGCGGGGGCGGGCAGCAUCACUGCUUCCGGCACUGCGUCGGCCACAGCUUCGAUCACGGCUACCAGUACCGGUACCGAAGCUUCGACCACCGCCACGACCGCAUCGGCCAGCGACAAGUCUGCGAGUGCUGAUGCUAACAGCACCACUGCGACUUCCGCAGCGUCCGCUGCCUCGACGACUACCAGCACUGGAGCCGGUGCAGUUAUUUCGAACGAUGCCACGCUGAUCUUUGGCGGUGCUGCUGUAGCGGCUCUGGUGGCGGCUGUUUUGUAAACAUGGCUGUAUUAUAUCAUUACUGUGUAUCACUAUAUAUAUCGACAUUUAUAUACCACUGGCAAUCAGUUGGUUUCACAUCAUGCGAACUCUAUCCCUUCUUUCUCUUCGGGCUGGGCUCUUCAUCUUUAACCUCAUCGGAAGGAGCCCCGUCUUCUCCAUCGACCACCCCAUCACCACCAGACCGCUUCCGAGUGUGAUCCGUUAAACUCUUCGCCUCUUGACCCGUCGUCUCAUCCACCACCUUCCCUCCUUCAUCAUGGAAGUCAAACAGCUCUUUCCACGACCCAUCCAUAACCUUGGGAUCAUUCCCGUAGAGGUUCAUCUCGUAUGCAUGCUU